AUGGUGAAGUGGAGCAAGAAAGACGAAGAAAGGCUUCUCGAUUCCUUCAAUGGCGGCGCGAAUUGGCACCACGUGAGCCGAAUUGGACUCUCAGGUCGAUUCGAUGCGCAAGCCUGCAGAGAAAAAUUCAUUACCCUUCAGCUUAAGGCGUGGAACGCAGAAGACGAUUCAAGGCUUUGGAAAUCGCGACACCUGAUUGUGCUUCGACCUAAAGAAGUCUCGGCAAACUUAAGGAGACCCAUCAACUCGAUUAAAGAGCGACUUAUUGAAUUGGAAAACGAGCGCAAAGAAAAACCUUUUUGCACGGGUAUCGAUGUGUUGAAUGACUGCAAAGAGAAGGCCACGUCGUCGAGGAGCGCAAAGACAAAGACCGAUGAUGAUAAACCCUAG